AAACAUCUAAUUUUCGGUACCGCAAGAGGACAGUCAUAUGUUUUUCAAUUAUAACACUUAUAGCCGGCAUAGUUUUGGUCAGCCUAUCGAUGAACUAUAUUAACAAUGGCUAUUACUAUCGAUAUUAUUAUUAUUAUUAUAAUUAUAUAGAGAUUGCCACCAAAUGGGAACUGGGUGUCAAUAUACCGGGAAUAGUACUACAGUUUCUAGGUCUGUACGGCGCCCACAAAGAGCACGAACAGGCAGUCGGUUGGUACGGCCUACUGAUGGCACUGAUUGCCGGCCUGAGUAUAGCUUCGGGAUUAUGGUCGGAUUUUUUGGCCAACUUUGUCCUGACAGCCCUGUACUUUAUAUGCAGUUGUCUGGCCCUGACGUUUGCCUACGAGAUGCGUAGGCGACGGCUAAAUACGGCCAUUUCCAGGGCCUGGCAUCAGUCGUCGGCAGGCAUCAUACCGAUGCACACCACUGCCAACAAUAAUGUUGUCUAUACGACACCAGCGGCAACAAUGGGCGGCCAGACUACUGUUAUCGGUGGCGGACAGUACCAGCAGUCGGCUGUUAUGUUGCCUAUGACUACGACUGCAACACAGUUUGGUAGCGGCAAUCACGGGGGUGUCAUCCAAAUGAUUAGUCCGGCAUCGAUGAUACAGCCGACGACCACUACUAUGAUGUCCAAUACUUAUCCAACAGUGUAUCAGCAGUCGCCCGGACCCGCAACCGUCGGUGGUAACGGCGGUCAAAUCUAUCCGUUAAAUCCCGGAGCCAGCGGCGGUGGUCAGUAUGUGGAACAUCCGCCCAGUUAUCUACAAUCGGAGACUACGGAUAGACAAUACUGCAAACAACAACAACACCAACAAUAAUGUUUGAUAACAAUUAUUGUAUACUUAA